AUGCAAAAACAUAAAAUUUACGACACCAUAACAUUUUUAACCUUCACAAUAUGGCUUUUCACGAUAACGGCGGUUCAAGCUCAACAAACUAUGCAAUUGCUUAAUACAUUCGACGGAUACAUUAAUUCAACAAAUUCAUAUGUGACAUUUAUGUUUAAUGCGUCAGGGGUACCUGAUAGAACUGGUGGACUUUCAAGGAUAUUUGCUAUGGUCAAAAGGCAAGCUACUAGUCCUACUGCGACGAUCGGUUCAAGGCUUCCUGGAUCGAGUACAAUAAUUAGUUCAACGACCAGUAUAAUCAAUCAACCAACCCCACCACCAGUGAGUGGAUCGUCCAAGAAGAUAUAUAUUUCCAUAUCAAUUUGCAGAAUACCCAAAGGAUCUGCAAAUUAUCCGCCGAGAGCUUUUGUUUCUACAAACCCUUCACAAACCAGACCUGGUCCGAAUAUGAUUAAUACGCAAGAAAUAUUCAUUGAAAAUGGAUUUGCAAAUUAUACAAUUACUCUUCCAUAUACAUACAUUGGAAUACUUUAUCCAAAUAAAACUGGGUUAACAGGAGAUUAUUAUUAUUCAGUUGGUGCCUCGAUUUUAGAUUACAGACAUCCACUUCCAACUUCAGAUAUACAAUUAAUUCGAGAAGAUACUGAUAGCUCUUCGGCUUUAUUCAGAUUAAAUAAAUAUUUUGAUGUGGGCGUAAUUACGGCAUAUAUUGCGGAAAAAAGUCUUGUAGAAGGAUUAUCUCAUUCUGCAUGUGCAUUUAACAUGAGCACAUCCACUAACCUAAAUUUCCAAUAUAAUUACACUACGCAAAGGUCAUCACCUAAUAAUGUGUCAACUGUUUCAACGGUUUUUAUAUCCAAACUGAAUAAUGGUACAGAUUAUACCGCUUUAGUAGUAACUAAUAAUUCAAAUAUUUUACGAUUAUCAUCAAACCCACUACCUCUUAAAACUUUAUCUCAAAUCAAUUGCAGAUUAAUCAGUGGUCUCAGUUUUUGUGAUAAGGUGGCAUACUCAGUACCUGCAAACCCUAGUCUUGCUACUUCCGACAUUGCGAAUAUUUAUGACAAUCUUGCGAACGCUAGCUAUCAAAAUUUCAGUUUAGCAUUGGCUCAAUAUUCUUGUGAUUCUCAAUUUUCUUUGGUUAGAAAUUGUGAUGAUUGCAGAGUUGCUUAUAAAGAUUGGAUUUGUGCCGUGUCGAUUCCACGUUGUGGUGCCACAAAUUCAAAUUCUAUUAUUCCAAGACAAGUAAAUCAAAGUCGAAUUCCUGCUAUUGAUCAAGCUCUCUAUCCUGGUGCAUAUCAAGAAAUCCCUCCUUGUAUAAAUUUAUGUUAUAAUGUGACACAAUCUUGUCCACCAAUCUUGCAAUUCAAUUGUCCACCAAAUGGCACCUUUAAUUCUGUAUUAUCAUUAAGUUAUGGAAUGAUGUCAUCUGGUAUUAGCGUAAACAAUGAAAUUCUAUGUAAUCCAAUGGGUAGUGACUGGGUCAUAUCGAUGGCGAUACGAAAGAAUGAUAGGCCUAUAAGAUAUUGGACAUUGGGUUUGGCUUAUGCUAUUUUUGGAAUUAUAGUAUUUGGUUUUUCAUAG